AUGCGAAAUCCAAAGAAGUCUCAUUUGGAAGGAGUUCGUCGAAUCUUUAGAUAUGUGAAAAGUACACUUGGCUAUGGUAUUUUGUAUAAGAAAGGUGAAGAUUGCAAGUUAUGCGGUUAUUGUGAUGCUGACUAUGCAGGAGAUCAUGAUACUCGACACUCAACUACUGGAUAUGUAUUUAUGCUUGCAUCAGGAGAGAUCUCAUGGUGCAAUAAAAGGAAGACAACUGUGUCUUUAUCAACAACAGAAGCGGAAUAUCGGGCAGCAACAGUUGCAGCUCAAGAAAGUACAUGGCUUGUACAAUUGAUGAAGGACUUACAAUAA